CCAAACUUUGAAGCCCGUUUAAUUCAGGGUUUACGGUUCAGGCUUCAAUUCUCUCAGUUUCCAGCUUCUUCGUCGUUCUCCAUACCUCCAAUCAGGUUUCAAAUGGGAAAGAAGCGAAAACACACUGCAACUGAGGCUGCGGCCAGUUUAAAGAAAGAUGAAACUGCGGAAGAAAGGCCCAAAAGAACACUUUUGGGAUGGAAAAACAAUGAUGAAGAUGAUAAGAUCCAAAAUGGUUCUGUUGGUUUUAGAAAUAAAGAGAAAGUUUUAGUCACUUGUUCCCGACGUAUUAGUUUCAGGUAUAGGCAUUUGAUGUUGAACUUGGUAGACCUUUUACCGCACUGUAAGAAAGAUAACAAGGUUGAGUCCAAAGAAAGCAAAGGUGCAACUUUGAAUGAGCUAGUCGAGCUCAAGAGCUGCUCCUCUUGUUUGUUUUUUGAGUGUAGGAAAGGCAAAGACCUCUAUCUAUGGAUGGCCAAAUGCCCCAAUGGGCCAUCUGUCAAGUUUUUAGUCAAUGCAGUGCACACGAUGGAGGAAUUAAAGCUCACUGGAAAUCAUCUGAAAGGUUCUCGUCCUAUUCUGACAUUUUCAUCCAAUUUUGAUAAGAAACCCCACUUUCAGUUGUUAAAGGAAAUGAUCACACAGAUAUUUGGCACUCCGAAGGACCACAGAAAAUCUAAACCUUACCAUGAUAAUAUAUUUGUUUUUUCAAUUACUGAUGACCACAUAUGGUUCCGGAAUUAUCAGAUAUCUUGUCCUCAAAGUGGAGGACAAAAAAUAGACCGUGGGGACUUGGAAAAGAUGACACUAGUCGAGGUUGGUCCAAGGUUUUGUUUGAACCCAAUUAAGAUAUUUGGUGGCAGUUUUGGAGGUCCAACACUCUUUGAGAAUCCAUUUUAUGUUUCGCCAAACCAGAUUCGAUCAUUAGAGAAAAAGCAGAAGGCUGGAAAAUAUGCAAAGAAAGUUAAAGCCAAGACAAGGAGGAAAAUGCACGAGAUGGAAAAUCCCUUGGAGGUUGACGAAUUUGCAGAUAUGUGGAAGGAAUGAUAUUUGCUGGUUCCACCCUGCAACAAAUCCCGAGAGAGAAGGUAUCGCUACUAAGCAUCAUCAUGUUGUAAUCGCUCGUUUUGAAAUUUUGUUUAAGUUUGUAUGGUUCGUUUGCUUCACAUUUGCUUGCCAGCGGACAAUUAUUACUUUGAAUAGGAAGAUGUUCAUAUGGCUACUUGGGCUACUUUCGGAUAAUUAGUGUUUCUGAUCAAGAAGGAAGAAAGAUAAAACUGAAGAUAUAAUCUAAAAUGAUUGGUAUAAUUUCAAUUCCAGAUUAUUUAUU